AUGGGCGUUUGGGUCAUGGGCGUUUGGGUCAGAGGCGUUUGGGUCAUGGGCGUUUGGGUCAGAGGCGUUUGGGUCAUGGGCGUUUGGGUCAGAGGCGUUUGGGUCAUGGGCGUUUGGGUCAGAGGCGUUUGGGUCAUGGGCGUUUGGGUCAUGGGCGUUUGGGUCAUGGGCGUUUGGGUCAUGGGCGUUUGGGUCAGAGGCGUUUGGGUCAGAGGCGUUUGGGUCAGGGGCGUUUGGGUCAUGGGCGUUUGGGUCAUGGGCGUUUGGGUCAUGGGCGUUUGGGUCAUGGGCGUUUGGGUCAGAGGCGUUUGGGUCAGGGGCGUUUGGGUCAGGGGCGUUUGGGUCAUGGGCGUUUGGGUCAUGGGCGUUUGGGUCAUGGGCGUUUGGGUCAGAGGCGUUUGGGUCAGAGGCGUUUGGGUCAUGGGCGUUUGGGUCAUGGGCGUUUGGGUCAUGGGCGUUUGGGUCAGAGGCGUUUGGGUCAGAGGCGUUUGGGUCAGGGGCGUUUGGGUCAGGGGCGUUUGGGUCAGAGGCGUUUGGGUCAUGGGCGUUUGGGUCAUGGGCGUUUGGGUCAUGGGCGUUUGGGUCAUGGGCGUUUGGGUCAGGGGCGUUUGGGUCAGGGGCGUUUGGGUCAUGGGCGUUUGGGUCAGGGGCGUUUGGGUCAUGGGCGUUUGGGUCAUGGGCGUUUGGGUCAGAGGCGUUUGGGUCAGAGGCGUUUGGGUCAAAGGCUUUUGGGUCAGGGGCGUUUGGGUCAGGGGCGUUUGGGUCAUGGGCGUUUGGGUCAUGGGCGUUUGGGUCAUGGGCGUUUGGGUCAGAGGCGUUUGGGUCAGAGGCGUUUGGGUCAGAGGCGUUUGGGUCAGAGGCGUUUGGGUCAUGGGCGUUUGGGUCAGAGGCGUUUGGGUCAUGGGCGUUUGGGUCAGAGGCGUUUGGGUCAGAGGCGUUUGGGUCAAAGGCUUUUGGGUCAGGGGCGUUUGGGUCAGGGGCGUUUGGGUCAGGGGCGUUUGGGUCAGGGGCGUUUGGGUCAUGGGCGUUUGGGUCAGAGGCGUUUGGGUCAGAGGCGUUUGGGUCAGAGGCGUUUGGAUCAUGGGCGUUUGGGUCAGAGGCGUUUGGGUCAUGGGCGUUUGGGUCAUGGGCGUUUGGGUCAUGGGCGUUUGGGUCAUGGGCGUUUGGGUCAGAGGCGUUUGGAUCAUGGGCGUUUGGGUCAUGGGCGUUUGGGUCAUGGGCGUUUGGGUCAGGGGCGUUUGGGUCAUGGGCGUUUGGGUCAUGGGCGUUUGGGUCAUGGGCGUUUGGGUCAGAGGCGUUUGGGUCAGAGGCGUUUGGGUCAUGGGCGUUUGGGUCAGGGGCGUUUGGGUCAUGGGCGUUUGGGUCAUGGGCGUUUGGGUCAUGGGCGUUUGGGUCAUGGGCGUUUGGGUCAUGGGCGUUUGGGUCAGAGGCGUUUGGGUCAUGGGCGUUUGGGUCAGGGGCGUUUGGGUCAUGGGCGUUUGGGUCAUGGGCGUUUGGGUCAUGGGCGUUUGGGUCAGAGGCGUUUGGGUCAUGGGCGUUUGGGUCAGGGGCGUUUGGGUCAGGGGCGUUUGGGUCAUGGGCGUUUGGGUCAUGGGCGUUUGGGUCAUGGGCGUUUGGGUCAGGGGCGUUUGGGUCAUGGGCGUUUGGGUCAUGGGCGUUUGGGUCAUGGGCGUUUGGGUCAUGGGCGUUUGGGUCAGAGGCGUUUGGGUCAGAGGCGUUUGGGUCAUGGGCGUUUGGGUCAUGGGCGUUUGGGUCAGAGGCGUUUGGGUCAGAGGCGUUUGGGUCAGAGGCGUUUGGGUCAGAGGCGUUUGGGUCAGAGGCGUUUGGGUCAGAGGCGUUUGGGUCAUGGGCGUUUGGGUCAGAGGCGUUUGGGUCAUGGGCGUUUGGGUCAGAGGCGUUUGGGUCAUGGGCGUUUGGGUCAGAGGCGUUUGGGUCAGGGGCGUUUGGGUCAGGGGCGUUUGGGUCAUGGGCGUUUGGGUCAUGGGCGUUUGGGUCAUGGGCGUUUGGGUCAUGGGCGUUUGGGUCAUGGGCGUUUGGGUCAUGGGCGUUUGGGUCAGAGGCGUUUGGGUCAUGGGCGUUUGGGUCAUGGGCGUUUGGGUCAUGGGCGUUUGGGUCAUGGGCGUUUGGGUCAUGGGCGUUUGGGUCAUGGGCGUUUGGGUCAUGGGCGUUUGGGUCAUGGGCGUUUGGGUCAUGGGCGUUUGGGUCAUGGGCGUUUGGGUCAUGGGCGUUUGGGUCAUGGGCGUUUGGGUCAUGGGCGUUUGGGUCAUGGGCGUUUGGGUCAUGGGCGUUUGGGUCAUGGGCGUUUGGGUCAUGGGCGUUUGGGUCAUGGGCGUUUGGGUCAUGGGCGUUUGGGUCAUGGGCGUUUGGGUCAUGGGCGUUUGGGUCAUGGGCGUUUGGGUCAUGGGCGUUUGGGUCAUGGGCGUUUGGGUCAUGGGCGUUUGGGUCAGAGGCGUUUGGGUCAUGGGCGUUUGGGUCAUGGGCGUUUGGGUCAUGGGCGUUUGGGUCAGAGGCGUUUGGGUCAUGGGCGUUUGGGUCAUGGGCGUUUGGGUCAUGGGCGUUUGGGUCAUGGGCGUUUGGGUCAUGGGCGUUUGGGUCAGAGGCGUUUGGGUCAGAGGCGUUUGGGUCAUGGGCGUUUGGGUCAUGGGCGUUUGGGUCAUGGGCGUUUGGGUCAUGGGCGUUUGGGUCAUGGGCGUUUGGGUCAUGGGCGUUUGGGUCAGAGGCGUUUGGGUCAGAGGCGUUUGGGUCAUGGGCGUUUGGGUCAUGGGCGUUUGGGUCAUGGGCGUUUGGGUCAUGGGCGUUUGGGUCAUGGGCGUUUGGGUCAUGGGCGUUUGGGUCAGAGGCGUUUGGGUCAUGGGCGUUUGGGUCAUGGGCGUUUGGGUCAUGGGCGUUUGGGUCAGAGGCGUUUGGGUCAUGGGCGUUUGGGUCAGAGGCGUUUGGGUCAGGGGCGUUUGGGUCAUGGGCGUUUGGGUCAUGGGCGUUUGGGUCAUGGGCGUUUGGGUCAUGGGCGUUUGGGUCAUGGGCGUUUGGGUCAUGGGCGUUUGGGUCAUGGGCGUUUGGGUCAUGGGCGUUUGGGUCAUGGGCGUUUGGGUCAUGGGCGUUUGGGUCAUGGGCGUUUGGGUCAUGGGCGUUUGGGUCAUGGGCGUUUGGGUCAUGGGCGUUUGGGUCAUGGGCGUUUGGGUCAUGGGCGUUUGGGUCAUGGGCGUUUGGGUCAUGGGCGUUUGGGUCAGAGGCGUUUGGGUCAUGGGCGUUUGGGUCAUGGGCGUUUGGGUCAGAGGCGUUUGGGUCAGAGGCGUUUGGGUCAUGGGCGUUUGGGUCAUGGGCGUUUGGGUCAUGGGCGUUUGGGUCAUGGGCGUUUGGGUCAUGGGCGUUUGGGUCAGAGGCGUUUGGGUCAGAGGCGUUUGGGUCAUGGGCGUUUGGGUCAUGGGCGUUUGGGUCAUGGGCGUUUGGGUCAUGGGCGUUUGGGUCAGAGGCGUUUGGGUCAGAGGCGUUUGGGUCAUGGGCGUUUGGGUCAUGGGCGUUUGGGUCAUGGGCGUUUGGGUCAUGGGCGUUUGGGUCAGAGGCGUUUGGGUCAUGGGCGUUUGGGUCAUGGGCGUUUGGGUCAUGGGCGUUUGGGUCAGAGGCGUUUGGGUCAUGGGCGUUUGGGUCAGGGGCGUUUGGGUCAGGGGCUGUAGGCUCUUCGUACUAAGGUGGAGCAAGGUGUAA